AAAUCCAGCAAAUUCAACCAAAAUGUUCAAGUUUGUGAUGAUCUGCGCUAUCUUCGGCAUGGCCGUCGCCCUCAGUCCCGGACAUGUCUCAAGCCGCGGCGAAGAUGUUCACGCUGAGGUCAAGUCCGAGCACAGCGAUGUUCGUGCCGAUGGCUUCGAUUCUGAUCUGUUGGUGUCCAACAGCAUUCAGCAAGCUGCAUCAGGUGAUGAGCAUGGCAACAUUCACGGCAGCUUCAGCUGGGUCUCACCCGAAGGCGAACAUGUUGAGAUCAAGUAUGUGGCCGAUGAGCACGGUUACCAGCCAUCCGGAGCCGUCCUGCCCACACCACCACCAAUUCCAGUAGAGAUCGCCCGCGCCCUGGCCUGGUUGGAGGCCCAUCCUCAGCACCAGGAGCCGUCUCAUCAUCAUUAAGAUGAUUCUAACUAACAAAACGACUCAAGAAUCGCACCACGGACUGUUCUCUUACCUCCACUCUAGAAAUUUUAGUCUCUUAAGUUUAA